GUGAGUUGUUGAAGUCCAAGUUAUAUACACAAACGGGAAGGGAAGGAUAAACACAAAAACAGGAGGGGCCUUUCCACCUUGUAGUUGCAGUCUCUCUUACUUAUGACAGUCAAACUUACAGAGGGAUAGAGAGAGAUAGUAGCCAUCUGAUCUUUUUUUUUUGAGAGAGAAAGAGAGGGAGAGAGAGGGAGGGGGGGUCAGGCUGCUGUGUGUGUGUGUGUGUGUGUUUGUGUGGUUGGGAGGAUAUAUAAAAGAUAGAAGCAUGCAGCAGCACCUGAUGCAGAUGCAGCCCAUGAUGGCAGCCUACUAUCCCAGCAACGUCACUACUGAUCACAUUCAACAGUAUCUUGAUGAGAACAAAUCGCUGAUUCUGAAAAUUGUGGAAAGCCAAAACUCUGGAAAGCUGAGUGAGUGUGCCGAGAAUCAAGCGAGGCUACAAAGAAACUUGAUGUAUCUGGCAGCCAUUGCUGAUUCACAGCCUCAGCCACCAACAAUGCAUUCUCAGUAUGCCGGCGGCGGCGGGGGGAUGAUGCAGGCAGGGUACCUGCAGCAGCACCAGCAGCAGUCGCUCAUGGCGGCUGCAGCGCGUUCCUCCAUGCUGUACGGGUCCCAGCCGUACCCGUCGCUGCAGCAGCACUCCCUGCACAGCCAGCUCGGGAUGAGCUCUGGCGGCGGGCUGAUGCUGCAGGGUGAGCCGCACAGCGCGGGGGGCAGCUCGGGACUCGGAUUCCCGGACUUUGCGCGUGGCGAUGGGGGGAGGGGGAUGGGAAGCAAGCAGGAUAUAGGCGGCGAGGGGCGGGGCGACGGAGGCGAGACACUCUACUUAAAAAGCUCGGAAGAUGGGAAUUGAGGUAAGAAGCGUGGUUUGGUUGUUUAGUUGCGAGGAAGAGUUGCUACUCUGAACUUGUAGUCUUCUAAUUAGCGGAACAAACUCGUUGUUACUCUACUCUACUAUUUGCAUUCGGUAUGUAAUGACCACGAUCUUAUUUAGUACUCCUACGUAGACUCCUUAUGCUACUUAUCAUAUACUAGUGCUAAUAAUGUAAAUUUCUAGUUUUA